GCCCGCCGUGCUCUCACUGCUCCGCUGCCGCGUAGAGCAGGCCCUCUAGCCCGCGGAGCUGGCUGGUCCCUCACGCCAGCCCCAGAUAAGCCCCUAAGUCGAAGUACCGGACCCGGGCUUGGAAUUCCGGAUAUUUGGGCUCCUUGGUCGCAGAGGCCCAAGCCCUCGACCACCUGUCCAUCAUGGACCUCGCCAGCACCUGCUCCAGCUUUCAGUCUGACCUGGAUUUCUGUCCGGAUUGCGGCUCGGUCCUGCCUCUUCCCGGAGCUCAGGAUACGGUCGCGUGUACUCGCUGUGGCUUCUCCAUCAACGUGCGAGACUUUGAGGCGAAGGUUGUGAAGACCUCAGUUGUGUUCCACAAACUGGGAACAGCCAUGCCCAUGUCGAUGGAGGAAGGACCUGAGUUCCAGGGACCCGUGGUUGACAGGCGCUGCUCUCGAUGUGGGCACGAGGGAAUGGCAUACCACACCAGACAGAUGCGCUCCGCUGAUGAAGGGCAGACCGUUUUCUACACCUGUACCAACUGCAAGUUCCAGGAGAAGGAAGACUCUUGAUUUUUUUUCUGAGCGACUCAACAAUCUCUCCUUCUCUUCCUUGGAAGGUGAAAGAUAUUGGGUUCUUAGAUCCUUUGUCCGUCUCCUGAUUGCAGUGUUUUGCUCCCAGAGGAAAAGCAGAUCAUCAUGUGGGGAUUACCAUUGUCCCCAGAGUACUCCUACUCUAGUUGAGUUUCCUUUAUUAAAGUUAUAGUUUUCUAUAAGA